AUGAACGGAAUGAACGGCGGCAAUGUGCCCAACGGCAUGGGCGGCGUGCCCACCCCGGCCGGCCAGCAGGCCGAGCUCAACUACAUCUACGGCAUGGUCGAGGAGCUGAGUAGACAGCUUACGGAGAACCGUCGCGUCACAGAGGACAUUGUCUCUGGUCUUGGAAGGGUGCGCAGUCGCGCGAGGACGCAGGGAAUGGGUAACGACGACCUCAUUCACAACGCUGCAGACGACAUUCUUGCUCAAGAACAGAAUCUCGACACCCUCAUCUCCAUCCUCUCCGAGUCUCUCGAAAAAGCGAAAUACAGCCGCGACGCCAACGCGACACUCCUCAGCCAGUACGCGACAGUUUUCGCCGCAAUGCUGAAGCAAUUCCACGAAUACAAGGCAAAGCACGUCACCGACGUCGCCGCAUGGCACCGCUCAUACCGAUCCCAGCUCGCCGAAGCCCGCGCCGAGAAUAGCAGACUCCGGGAACAGAUCUGGGAGAUGCAGGAACGCGCGGGCAAGGCCAACGAGGUGCUCCGCAACUUCCGCCGCAAGUACGACGAGGACGAGACGCGAUGGGAUCGGCGCGUGGAGGACGUGGCCGCGCGCCAGGAACUUCGGUUCUGGAAGCGCAUGGCCAUGCCCGAGGUCAGCGACGAGGACCCUUGCUGGAGCGACGACGACGACCUCAUCGACCCGGCGGAAAAGGAGCGGUUGAAGGAGCUGGAGAAGAGAGCCGCUCAGGAACAGCUUUCCGGGAGCCAGCAAAUGGGCGACGAGUACUCGCGUCCACAGUCGCCGGAGUCUAGCAUGAUGGGCGGCGUCGCGAUGCAGAGGGAUCUGGGAAUGCCCAUGGGUAUGCCCGUCCCGCCACCGAGGCCCUCGAGUGCGAAUUCGAGCACUGGCUCCUCUGGCCAAUGA